CGCUACGUCCCCGCUCGGUGCUUUUCCGUGGAUAAGUUCUGCGGGCACUUCGGCGCGCUCAAGAAAAACCUGCUCCCCCUCUUCGCCGUCAUGUGCGGGAACGACUACGUGGAGCUGGCAGCCCUCGAGGCGUUCCUCAGCGCGGUGAGGUCGCGGAGGGGCGGCAGGAAGCACGCCCGCCUUCGGGGGCUCCUGAGCUGGCUCUCCCAGUUCACCGAGCCCGCCGAGGCUGUGGACAGUGUGCUGAAAUACGUUAAGAAGCACCAGAGAGAAGAAGUACGGGACCUUCUGUGCGCCUCGAUGGAGGACUAUACCCCGUCUGACGUGAACCUUGAGGACUUCUUUCGGAGCAGCAGAUACGAAUGCGAGGUUGCCAGGGAAGCGGGCUUGCCACAGUGGGUGCUCGACGCUUUGGCAAAAGGUAAGCUGGCCCCGUUCAUCAUCAAUGCCCUGAUACUGAGAAGCACUUUCCUCCGUGUUCAGGUGGAGAACAUGCAGAGACCUAGUGCACAUAGCACAGCUUUGCCCAUUCGACAAGUGAUCUAUGGACUCCUUCUGAAAGCAUCUCAAAAUACUGAAGCUGCUUCUCGAAGCAAGCAGGCCAAUGAGCUGCCAGUUUUCAGUGAAUUCAGCAGGCUCCAAAAGACACUUAAAAAAACCUUUGUUCAAGCAGCAAGCCUACCCACAGAUUUUUGUGAUAGUUUUUCUUUGGAGAAGUUAGUGGAGGUACCCAUGCCACGCCAUCAGAUGCUUUUGCUGGAGACUCUAGGAGUGAAAAUGAGUUUCCUGGAACCUAUCCCUAGUCACUUACAGCUUCCUGUUGCUGUAACGUGUUACUGGAUAUGUUGUUCAGAACCAAAAGUUAAGUUGCAUCAACUAAAGGCUUUACUUCUAAUGAUAGUAUCUGGAGAACUGCACAGGAUAACAAACGAUCCAGGCUUUACACUGGGACCCUUGUGCACAGACUGUGUCAAGAGCUUAAAUCCACACCUUCAGUGGAAAAUCUGUUUAGUUCAUCUCCAAAAAUGA